AUGGGCAGCAUGGACACCAAGCCGAUGAAGGUCCUCAUCAUUGGAGCAGGCCCCGCUGGAUGCGCACUCGCACAUGGUUUAAAGGAAGCUGGCAUUUCGUUCAACAUCUACGACAAAGGCUCAGACGUCUACCGCCAUCGACACUGGGCCUUUACACUUGGCUGGGCACGGCCGUUUCUCUUUGGGUUGAUACCAGAAGAGCUGAGCGCCCAGAUCAAUACCUGCCAAGUGGAUCCAUAUGUCGACUGCGCAGCAAUCGGCGAAGAUCGCAUUGUAAUUUACAAUGGUCAAACAAAGGAAGAAGCAUUUGCCUUCCCCGCACCCAACGCACGAGAAAUCAACAUCAGGAAGCUGCGGAUACUAUUAGCCGAGCAACUGAAUGUGCAGUAUAGCAAGAGCUUCUCGCACUAUGAGAUGAAAGAAGACGGAGGUGUCAAGGUCUACUUCGAGGAUGGGUCUAGCGACGAGGGCGACAUGCUCAUUGGUAUUGACGGCGCAAUGUCCAAGGUCCGUCGAUGUCUAUUGCCUCGUCAAGGUGAGAUGGAAACGCUUCCCUUUGCGCUUAUGAACUUCAACGCAUCCUACACUGCUGAACAAGCGCUGUUCAUCAAGGAACGCCUGCACCAGCUCGUGGAUAUUGCGAUUCAUCCCGCCGGCCAUUAUAUCCGUGCCAAUGUUCUCGAUAUGCCGGAUGAAAAGGAUCCAAGUACCUGGACAUUCCAAAUUCUCACCACAUGGCCGUUAAAGUACGUCGAGGACUACGACAAUGACACCGAUCGUCUCAAAAGACUAAAGGCGCAUGUGAAGAGGGAUGACUGGGCGGAGCCCUACAAGAGUGCCAUUGAGUGGAUUCCAGAAGACACUGGUGUGUUGCGAGAUGGACUUAAGAUUUGGAGGACAGUGCCGUGGGAUAACCACGGUGGACGCGUGACGCUAUGUGGUGAUGCAGCGCACGCCAUGACGUUCCAUCGUGGACAAGGUGCAAACAAUGCUUUCUACUCGGCACAUUGUCUCGUAGAAGCACUCAAGAGCGUGCAAGACGGGAGCGCAACGCUCCAAGAUGCGAUUUCGGCGUAUGAUGAGAGUAUUUGGAAGCGCGGCGCCAAUGAGGUGCAAAUUUCGAAAGCGCAGAGCUUCUUCACACAUGAUGGACUGGACAACUUCAUCAACAGCCCUGUGAUGAAGCUGGGAACUAAGCCGAGCCACAAUGCGAAGAGUGCCGGAUACGAGUAG